CGCUCAGAAUACCGGAAGUAAGCAAAUUCCCAAUAUGUCUGCGCCCGAUGAGGACACGUUUGCCGAGGAAGGAGCCGAGAUGGAAGAGAUGGAUGAAGCUGGCAGCGACGAUGAUGAGGGAGUAGACAUGGAGGAGGAAGGAGCGGGCGGAGAAGGAGAAAAGAAGGUGUACGUCCCCGGGAUCGAGCCGCUUCAGCCCGGAGAGGAGCUGGAGAUGGACCGGUCCGCGUACCGCUUGUACCACGAGUGCCAAACAGGUGCGCCAUGUUUGAGUUUUGACGUCCUGAGAGAUGGCGAUGGAGAGGGCAGGGAGCAGUUUCCUCUGUCCAUGCAGCUGUGUGCGGGCACACAGGCGGACACAGCUCUGAGCAACAGACUUCUCGUUUUGCGCAUGCACAACCUUCAUGGAACAGAGAAAGAAAAAGAAGGGGAAGAGAGCAGUGAUGAAGAAAGUGAUGACGAUGAGGAGGAUGAAGAUAAGAAGCCAAGGAUGGAACUGGCCAUGAUGCCUCACUAUGGAGGCAUCAAUAGAGUCAGAGUGACUCAGCGUGGAAAACAGUCUCUGGCUGCUGUGUGGUCGGAGAAGGGACAGGUGGAGAUAUUUGACCUCCAAUCUCAGCUGGAUGCCGUGCACAGCUCUGCUGCCAUGGCAGCUUUUGUCAACCAGCAGAAAGAAGCUACAGCUCUCUUCAGUUUCUCAGGACACAUGACUGAAGGAUUUGCAAUUGAUUGGUCACCAACAGUAGCUGGUCGUCUUGUCAGUGGUGACUGCAAAAAGAACAUCCAUGUCUGGGAGCCACGGGAGGGAGGGACUACAUGGCAGAUCGACCAACGACCUUUCAGCUCCCACAGCAAGUCCGUGGAGGAUCUGCAGUGGUCGCCCACUGAAGCUACAGUUUUUGCAUCGUGUUCAGUGGAUCAGUCAAUCCGUGUCUGGGAUAUCCGUGCUCCUCCAAACUCCAUGCUUUCAGCCAAUGAAGCCCACUCAUCAGACGUCAAUGUGAUCAGCUGGAACAGGAGCGAACCAUUCAUCCUGUCGGGAGGGGAUGAUGGGCUUCUGAAAGUGUGGGACCUGCGUCAGUUUAAGACCGGGCGGCCUGUGGCAAACUUCAAACAGCACACUGCUCCCAUCACGUCCGUGGAGUGGAGCCCCAUGGACUCGAGCGUGUUCGCUGCCUCGGGUGCCGACGACGUCCUCAGCCAGUGGGAUCUGUCCGUGGAGUCGUGUGACGUGGGUGCCAGGGUGGAGGGGGUGAAGGACUUACCCCCCCAGCUGCUGUUCCUGCACCAGGGUCAGUCAGAGAUCAAAGAGAUCCACUGGCACCCACAGAUCCCCGGUGUGAUGGUCUCCACAGCCCUGUCAGGGUUUAACCUGUUCAGGACUAUAUCAGUGUAGUGUGUGUGUGUAUUUGUUCUGAGUGUGAAUGUGUGGAAAAGAAACAUACGAUGUUUGCUAUUUUAGUGGUGCACAUCAUAUGUGUGUUAGGAGCAAUAAUGUCCAGUAUGUUCAAAAAUGUAUAUAACAAGCUGUGCAGCUGAUAAUUGCUCCUUUUGACAUUUAUUGGCCAACAUGGCGCCAUAAGGUGUUAUAAUCUUUACCUUUAAACUUUCUGUAUGUUCUACAGAUUAAAUAUUUUAGGCAUUCCCUGUUGCAUGCUUAAAAUAAAAUGUUUAAAAACC